AGACAGUAGCUUUAUGUACACAACUGUCUAACUGUCGGUCCAGUUCUUGCCACAGUACUCAGUAUCUAUUACUACAGGCGUCAAGUGAAGCGUCGCGAUGGAGCUCCUGGAAGACAGAACACCGGAACAGGAGGCUAGAGCUGCAAGGCUUGAGAGCACGCGACUGCGUCAUGUAAACGGCAACCCGCUGACUCCCAGAGCCUUCGCAGUAGACCAGAAGCUACGCCGAACUGCACCUCGAGGGGUCGAUAGCUUCUUGGGGCCUGGAGACCGCACGUUCCUAAGCCGGAACUCCAUAGAUGGUUGCUUCCCCUCUGCUCAGACCAGUGGGGGAUUGCUACCACUUCAACGUGCCAUCGAGUUGGGAGAUGUCAACUCAUUGGAGCAAGCGUUAAAGACAGGAGAUGGCUAUUCACUCACUACAGCAUGCAAUGCAUUCGGAGAGACGCUACUACAUACCGCAGUACUCCAUCAGCAGCUCGGAGCUGUGCAAUUGCUGUUGCGUCAUGGCGCCUCGCCGCUAACAAAGCUUCCAGACAACCCAAACCUGCCAGCAGCCACAUCGACGCUAGAAAGUGCAGCGCCACGCACGUCCAACUUCCGCUACAGUCGCAUGCUCGAAGCUGCAGAGGCCACGCCGCUGCAUUACGCCUGUUCUACAAGCCACGUUGACAUCCUCAAGCUGCUGCUGUCUGUCAUCUCGCCUUUGGAUGACAUUCCGAAGCGUUGGCGACCUGGCAGUUUGUUACUAUGGGCGAUCACAAGCGCCCAGCCAGCAGUAGUGGAGUUUCUGGUGCUUCAAAGUCGUCUAGAAGCUGAUUGCUUCGACGAAGACGGGAACAACUCGGUAGCAAUAGCAGCGUUUGUGCUUGCAACACCGGAGACGUCGAAGCGACUCGCUACACUCAAGACGAUUCUUAAGUUGCUGCUACGACGCGAGCUUGAAGACGGCGGUGCUGAUGUGAACCACAAGAACAUGUAUGGGCUCACAGCGUUCGAUGUGGCCGAAACUCCAGCUUCCAAGCAAAUCCUCGCCCAACUAGGCGCUACUACCGCUCGUAUCGUGCCCAUGGAGCGAGUUCUCCACUGGGAUCGCGAUAGAUACCGAGAUGAGAUUGAGUACUUGCCACCUCCUGGACGUCGUCGCGUUAUUCUUCGAGAACAAGCAUACAAGCAGAGCAUCUAGCCUCAGUUCUCUUCCGAUAAGAACAAUCGUUUGGGGGAGUAUAA